AUGAGAAAGAUUUUUCUUGAUCCCAAGGACAUUAACUACCAAUAGUAAAAAUUGUACUAGAUCUAAAACUACCAAGAAAUGAAAGACUUUUGUGCGCAGAAUGCUUAGAGAAUACAAAUAUAGAUGGCAAGGCUAUUGGAUUAAACUAAAUUGUUUCCUUAAUUGAAGAAAAUUAGGUAGAGAAGAUGGAAAAAGUAUAAAACACCAUAAGUAACUAAAUAAAUUUAAUUGAAUCAUUAAAUUGUAUUAUUGACCAAAUGAAAUAACAAUUAAUCUAAUAAUUAGACUAACUGAUAAGUAUAAUGAUGGGAUGGGUUCAGAAUCUAUAAUAACAAUAUUCUCAAUAUAGUUUUUAUGAUGAAUUAGACAUUAUGUUAUUGAAGGAAAAUUAAACUUAUUGCAACAAAUAAUUAAUUCAAAUUUGGAAAACCAAUCUAUGUUGGACUUCAAAAGUGUAUCCGAAAUUAGAAUAAUUUAAUUAAUUUAAAGAAUAUAAUAAAUGUAAGGAACUUUUAUCAAGUUUAGAAUUAGGAUAUUAACAAUUUACUCAGACUGAAUAAGAAUAAUAAAUCAAAAUAUAUCAAUAAAAUUAAGAUAUAAAUUCAGCAAAUACUUUAAUCAAUAUUCCACCAUUUUAAAUGAUUAAAUCUAGUCUUUAAUCAAAUCUUAAACCUUUUACUUAUUAAUAAAUUUAAUAAUCUCCUAUUAAACAAAAUGAAGUUUGUUAUGCAAUUGCAGUUAAUAAUAAUUGUUCAAUAAUGGUUGCUGGAUGUAAUUAAUAUAUAAAAUUAUUUGAAUUUAAUUAAGGAAUAUUAAAAUAAGUUUAACUAUUAACUGAACAUGCAGGAAAUAUAAGCACAUUAAAUUUCAUGAAGAGAACGAAUAAUUUUAUAUCAGGAAGUUGUGAUAGUUAGAUUAUAAUAUGGGUAAGAAAUAAUAAUAAUUAAUGGAUCUCUUAAUAGAAAUUGAAUGGACAUACAAGUUAUAUUAACUGUUUGAUAUUAAACAAUAAUGAAGAUACUAUUAUAUCAGGAAGUGAUGAUAAGUCUAUUAAAUUCUGGAUUAAGGAAAAUUAAUGGUUGAGUUCAUAGACUAUUACAGAUCAUAAUGAAGAUAGAGAUGGACUAAGUAUAAAUGAUGAUUAAAAUAAAAUUAUAUCUUGCAGAUAAGAUAAACUAAUUUUAGUAAUAGAAUAAUCGAUAUAGAAAAAAUAAUGGAUUGUUAUAUAAAAAAUAGAAUUGGAAUAUGCAGGUGUUCGAUUAUGUUUUAUUGAUAAUAAUACAUUCACAGGAUAUCAUUGGGGAGAACAUUAUAUGAACGUUUAUGAGAUGAAUAAUACUAAUAAAUAGUAUACUAGAACAAAAAAGAUUCUAUUUAAUGGUGGUUUAGAUUGUUAUUACUUUCCUUAAAAAUAUAUAAAAUAAAAAUGUAUUCUUGUUACUAAGAAUAGUUAAAAUAUAAGUUUAAUAAGGAGAAACUAAAAUGGUGAGUUUAUAGUUGAAUAAUCUAUUCCAUUUAAAACACAUGAGAUUUUUGCAUGUAUGACUGAUGAUGGAUAGUAUCUAAUUACUUGGGACUCAAAUUCAAAAGAAUAUCAAAUUAGGUGCUAUAAAGGAAACAUGAAAUAAAAAUGA